UGUGCUCCAGGACUAAGUCUGCAGCAGAGUUUCUUCAUUUGUCCUCUUCAUCUCUUCUCCCUUUCAUCUCUGCACUUGUCUUCCAGGCUCACUGCUCCUUUCCAGCACCCUUCUCCUUUUCCUCUCUAUUGCUUCUGUCUGUCGACGCUUUCCUCCAUAAUCUCUGCUUUUCAGUUAUCUCUCCUAAAUCCUCGCUACUUUUUACUCUACAUCCCCUUCCACUUUCGUUUCUCGGAUUGCUCUUUUUCCCUCUCUGAUGAACUGAGACAUUUGUCAACACCAGCUCUCUCUCUCUCUCUCUCCUCCCUUCAUCACAUCCCAUGGGCAUCCGGGCUUCUUGCAGGUCAGAGCCUCAUGGUCAUGGAAGUGGCUCUCAGCCGGGCCAGGCAGACUCCCCGCUCCCAGAGCAGGAUGAAGAGAUUCUGGGCUCUGAUGACGACGAGCAGGAGGACCCCAACGACUACUGCAGAGGUGGAUAUCACCAUGUGAAGAUUGGGGAUCUGUUCAAUGGGAGAUAUCAUGUGAUCCGUAAACUGGGCUGGGGGCAUUUCUCCACCGUGUGGCUGGCCUGGGACAUCCAGGAAAAGCGCUUUGUGGCCAUGAAAGUUGUGAAAAGUGCUGAGCACUACACAGAGACGGCUCUGGAUGAGAUCAAGCUGCUCAAAUCGGUGAGAAAUACAGAUCCCAGUGACCCCAACCGAGAGAGAGUAGUGCAACUUCUAGACGACUUCAAAAUUUCUGGCAUGAACGGCACUCAUGUGUGCAUGGUAUUUGAGGUGCUUGGGUAUCACCUCCUGAAGUGGAUCAUCAAGUCCAAUUAUCAAGGCCUUCCCCAACCUUGUGUUAAGAGCAUCAUUCAACAGGUCCUGCAGGGUUUAGACUACCUCCACACCAAGUGCAAGAUCAUCCACACAGACAUCAAACCAGAGAACAUUCUGCUGACUGUCAACGAGCCCUACGUCAAGAAAAUGGCCGCUGAAGCGACACAGUGGCAAAAGUCUGGCGCUGCGCCUCCCUCGGGCUCUGCAGUGAGCACAGCCCCAGCACCCAAACCAAUGGCAAAAAUGUCCAAGAACAAAAAGAAGAAGAUGAAGAAGAAGCAAAAGAAGCAGGCAGAGCUUCUAGAGAAGAGGAUACAGGACAUGGAGGGGGGAGCAGUACCUGAAGGAGAAGAGGAGGAUGAGGAGGAGACGACAACAGAGGCCACUGAAGAUACCCCCUCCUCAGCCACACUCUCCAUGCCAGCUACCCUGCAGGACAUCUCUAGCCAUACUGUCACAGACUCCCCUCCUGAUGAGCAGCCCCUGCAGAUGCCCGAGCUGAAUGAAAACAGUGAGGUUGUGGUGGAGGAGAACAAGAUGGAGGUGAACUGCAACGGCUCUGCCUCCCCACCGGAGAGCGAGACCAGUCCAGAGAAACAAGGGACCAAGAAGUCGACGGAGGAGCAGGAGGACCAAGAGAAUGCCAACCAACCUGACAGUAACACAGACUCCCCGGACACGUUAAGUAACAAAGAGGAACAUCAGACUUGUAACGGUUCACCAGAGGACCAAGACGCCGACCCGCAGCAGCUCCCGGCCUCUCUCUGUCCUGAAUCUGUCAGUGUAGAGCUGACGGAGACAGACAAGGAGGAGAAGAAGGAGGAGGAGAUGGACACUCAAGGGGAGACCAAAAGAGAAGAAGAAGAAGAAGAAGAAGACAGCCAGUGUGGCAAUUUGUUAGUAAACCCCUUGGAGCCUCUCAAUGCUGACAAGCUUCAGGUUAAGAUCGCUGACCUCGGAAACGCCUGCUGGGUGCACAAACAUUUCACAGACGACAUCCAGACACGACAGUAUCGUUCUCUAGAGGUGCUAACGGGAGCCGGCUACAGUACACCAGCAGACAUCUGGAGCACAGCCUGCAUGGCCUUCGAGCUUGCCACUGGAGAUUAUCUGUUUGAGCCCCACUCUGGAGAAGACUACUCCAGAGAUGAAGAUCACAUCGCGCUGAUCAUAGAGCUGCUCGGUAAAGUUCCUCGGAAGCUGACUUUGGCAGGCAAAUACUCUAAGGAGUUUUUCACCAAGAAAGGCGACCUGCGUCACAUCACCAAGCUGAAGCCAUGGGGAUUAUUUGAAGUGUUGGUGGAAAAGUACGAGUGGUCCAAAGACGAGGCACACAACUUCAGCAGCUUCCUGCUGCCAAUGCUGGACCUGGUGCCUGAAAGGAGGGCCACGGCGGCCCAGUGCCUCACCCACCCAUGGCUCACGUCCUAGAGGCCACCCGUGCACACUGUCACCCUCGCAUUGUGAAAGGACGAUCCUGUGCUUCAAAACAUCCCGUUAGCAAACACAUUCAUGUCUGCAAGAACCUGUGACUGCAUUGUGCCUGCAUCCUCCUGUUGUAGUCCUGAGAGGCCGCCACACACACACACACGUUCAUGAACACAAUAUAAAGAGAGGCUGCUGCCGAGUCUUGGUCCUGUUCUGGAUAACACUGGUGAUAGAAGGAACUCUUGGGCUUCCCCCUUUAUUUAUGACUUUUCUUUUUUUUUUACUGGCUGCUUAGAACUUAUCCACCUCACUCGAUUGUUUUUCUGACUCCAGCUCUUUCUCAGAAGCACAUUAGUUCUUUUUAGCUACACAUAAAAGGAAUUGCACUUUUCUACAUUUAAUCAUUUAGGUCAUACAUGAGCCAAAUAUGUCUCUGUUCUACCACCUAUGAUAGCUGAGCGAGCCCUUUUUAGCCGUCAAGUGUUUACCAAGUGCUCACAGUUGUUAACUGCAUAUUGCUAACGGGCAUGGUAAGAGACUUGAAAUGAUCUCAUUACCGUCAACAUGGCUUAAUCUGGAAAUCUUUUGUACAUUUAUAUACAGAAAAAAAACAGCAUUAUAAGAAAUUAUAAUAGUAACUGGAUCUUCUGAGAGAAAUCAGAAAUCAAACUGUUCUCAUCUGUAAUCUCAUUUUUUAGCCUAAGCAUUUUCUUGAGUUGUCAAAAGAAAGACUUGGCACAUUAUAGUAUGAUAAACUCCUGCUGUACAUUCAGAGUCUGCAGGAGAACACUUCAUGUGGUGUCAUUCCGGGAUGUUCAUAAAGGCUUCAUGUCAUUUCCCACUUUUAUCUAAAUGUUCCGUGUACCAACAGGAAGUCCCUUCAGGCUCUUCCUCUCUGCAGAGAAAGAUUUGCAUGGUUUCUAGAAGAGACUUGCAAGUUUCCCAAAAAAUGAGCUUUUUUAUUUGACACUUUUUGAAGAUGCCUUGAAGAAUGUUAAAGCUAAUUUCGAGCCAUGAGAAGAAAAAAAAAUCUGAGCUUCAUUUCAUGUUCUUUCACUGCACAUUGUGGCGUCGUAUCUAAGAAUAAUAGAUUGUACUAAAAACAGAAUCUGUAGUGAUGCUUUAAAAAAUCCCUUUGAACCAUUUUGCCUGUUUUUUCUACAAAGUCUUUUGUCCAUGUCUCCCCUUUUAAUUUGUCUCUUUUUUUGUAGGCAAUAAUAAACAUUUUUUCAAAAUCUAA